UAAUAAUAAUAAUAAUAAUAUAAUAAUUGCCGCUCGUGUUGGUCCGAAUUAAUUUGAACACUGCAUUUAAAAUGCUCCAAAACGAUGCGGUUCGAACACUGCAAUACGACAGCGAAAUACGCGUGGCACAGCAGCCAAAUGCCCAGAACCCAGAGUGUAUGAUUCCCAUAUUAGCAUAACCUCACAGCUGCGAUCAGAGGUUCCCAGGAUACCCCUGCCCACAGUGACUGGCAGUCGAACAUUUAUGCCCCUCUCCGGCUACGACUGCCUAGCGGAAUUGCCCUCGGUCCACAUUGAACAGACAUUCGAGAUGAAUGAGUGCCUGACAGCCGUUUCUUCGGAGAACCGGUAUGUGGUCCGCUCGCCCCUGGGCGAUGCCGUCUUUGCCGCCAGCGAGAGUUCCACGGAGAAAAAUCGGCUCCUUUGGGGCGCCGGGCGACCCUUCCAGAUGCACUUGCUCGACAAGACACACCAGGAGGCGCUGGUUUUCCGCAAGAAAUUCGCCCUCGGUUCGAUGUGCUGCCAGGCAAAGAGUCUGGAGAUCUGGAUACCGCCAGGCAAUGUCCUGGGCCGGGUGGUGCAGUCGCCCACGUUCAUGCAGCCCCAGUUCUUCAUUGAGGACGGCAAUACGGGCCAGCCCGUCUUCUGUGUGGAGGGUCCGGCGAAUUCCGGUUUCUGCUGCUUCUGCCUGCCCAAGGAGUGCUACUUCAAGGUACAUUCGGGAGGUAACCUGAGGGCGUCCAUCGAUCACAAGUGGAUGGCCAGCAAGUCCCAGUACACCAAAAAUAUAUACUUUAGCGAUGCCAAACUGACGGCCAAGGAGCGUGCCCUGAUCUUGGGCUCAGCAUUUCUGCUAGAAUACAUGUACUUCCAAACGCGCUUCUAAAGCGGUCCAAUGACAAAAUAAUUUUACAUUUUAUAUAUUUUCACAUUGAUUUCUUUAUUUUUUGUCAUUUUUUUUUGUACAAGUUU